AACAUGCCCUUUUUCUGUGGAAGUUGACUAACGCCCCGCGUUUCCUUAAUCCCCUUCCCAGAGAAAGUGACACUCAAAAACACGUUUUGAAUUCCACCAUUUCACGCAAAACCAAAUUGACAAGGCAUUGGUGUUCUCGCCCACGUUGUUUGUUUGUUUUGUUAACUUCUCUUUCGAUUGGUUUACCUAGUUGUUAGAUUUGAGGUUUCUUGCUUGUCUUUCUUUGUGCAUGUUGUGGAGAUAGAAGUGAAAGAAACCAGUUGUUGUUGCUCAUAGAGGGUUAUAUAAUCGCUUAAUCAUGCCAUUAUUACCCAGUUGGAUAUUCUUGAAUAUUUUGUAAGGUAGUUCUGUGUUUUUUACUCGAUGCUGCGAUUGGUGGGUUGUUUAUUUUUGUUAGAAUUUGAGGUUAAAGGUUCGAACUCUCAAUCUUGAAUGAGGUUUUUUACUAGGAUUUGGGGGAUUAUUAGAAAAUAGAGAGAUUUUGUUGGCGAAUCUUUCAGAAUUUGUGGGGUUACCAUUGAGGUGUUUGUCGGUGUCAUAUUUGGAAGGAAGAUGGUUGGAAGCAUUACGAAUGCACAUUCAAAUUUUUCUCUUCUGAAUGUAAAUGGUGGUAGUUUAGAAGAGAAGGUUGAUGAGAUACGUGAGCUUAUUGGGAAAGUGGAGGGUGAUCCAUUAAGAAUAGUUGGCGUUGGAGCUGGUGCUUGGGGCAGUGUAUUUAUUGCUAUGUUGCAGGAAGCUUAUGGUAGUUUAAGAGAAAAGGUUCUGAUAAGGAUAUGGAGAAGGUCGGGAAGAGCUGUUGACAGGCCAACGGCUGAACACUUGUUCAAGGUGAUCAAUUCAAAGGAGGAUGUACUGAGGAGGCUCAUUAGGAGGUGUGCGUAUUUGAAAUAUGUUGAGGCUAGGUUAGGUGAUAGAACACUUCAUGCGGAUGAGAUUUUGAAAGAUGGAUUUUGCCUGAAUAUGAUAGAUACCCCUCUUUGCCCUCUGAAGGUUGUGACAAACCUGCAGGAGGCUGUGUGGGAUGCUGAUAUUGUGAUUAAUGGCUUGCCAUCAACUGAAACUCUAGAGGUGUUUGAGGAAAUUAGUAAGUACUGGAAAGAGAGAAUCACUGCCCCUGUCAUUGUGUCCUUGGCAAAAGGUGUAGAGGCUGAAUUGGGCACUGAGCCUCGGAUUAUAACUCCCACUCUAAUGAUCAAUCGAGCAACUGGAGUACCCUUGGAGAACAUUCUUUAUCUUGGAGGACCCAACAUUGCCUCAGAAAUUUUCAACAAAGAAUAUGCUAAUGCUCGGAUAUGUGGAGCAGAAAAAUGGAGGAAACCGUUGGCAAAGUUUUUGAGGCAGCCUCAUUUUAUAGUGUGGGAUAAUGGUGAUCUUGUUACCCAUGAAAUCAUGGGUGGGUUAAAAAAUGUAUAUGCUAUUGGAGCUGGAAUGGUUGCUGCUUUAACAAAUGAAAGUGCCACCAGCAAAUCGGUAUACUUUGCUCACUGUACUUCAGAGAUGAUAUUUAUCACUCAUCUAUUGGCAGAAGAACCAGAGAAACUUGCAGGGCCACUUUUGGCUGAUACUUAUGUAACUUUGUUGAAAGGUCGUAAUGCAUGGUAUGGACAGAAGUUGGCCAAAGGGGAAUUGAAUCUUGAAAUGGGUGACAAUAUCAAGGGCAAGGGAAUGAUUCAGGGAGUUUCUGCUGUUAGGGCCUUCUAUGAGCUACUUAGUCACUCCAGCUUAAACGUCCUAAAUCCUGAAGAAAACAAGCAUGUAGCCCCAGUGGAGCUUUGUCCCAUCUUGAAGAUGUUAUACAGAAUUCUGAUAGCAAGGGAAUAUCCAACCCAGGCCAUUCUUCAAGCAUUAAGAGAUGAGACCACGAAUGAUCCCCGUGACCGCAUUGAGAUUGCCCAAAGCCAUGUGUUUUAUAGACCAUCUCUUCUUGGUCAUAAGAUUUAGUACAUCCUCGAUUUCAAUCAUCAAAUUAAACAUGCACUUAGACCAUCUCUUUUCAUGUUCAUCUGACAGGGAGAAAAUGUUGGCUUGAUGUUCAACGCUUUUUCAACAGCAAAUCAAACAAAACUGUUUAAUUUUUA